AUGUCGAUCUGCCUUUGGGUAUCAGAAAUCCUGUCAAAACUGAUCACCAGAACCAGCCUUCCUGAUGCAAAUGGUAAGAAGCAGACUGCAAAACCUAGGCUGACACCAGCCCUCUCAAAAAACCCGUUGCCCCAUAACCCAGAACGCAAGGACCACCACUGGCAAUAUUACCCGAGUCGUGCGUGUGUACCAUCAGAAGCCACACGAGGCUGGCGCAUUCCACGCACCAACCCAUCAGCAUUACCCGCGAGACGUGAUCGACAUUCGACGCAUUGCACUGCGGCAGGUAUUUUGUUCAGUACUACCAAGCUAACGCCCAGGGCCGAACGGAAUGCUCAGAUGAAGCAACGGAACCACGACUACUACAAUGAUCAGGAAGGGCACCGUACUGUCCGACCAAGAGAAAACAAAGACAGAGCUGUCGCCGGUCCAAGUGGCAAAGUGCCUGCGCGAAAUCUCGAUGGCGGUCCGACCACGACCACGACCACGACCACCCACGAAGUUCUGAAAGACGAGUGGAAAGGCAAUCAUCCAGCAGCUCAGGGUUGGAUAUCCAUGGAGCCCAUCAUCGGUAGGGCGUGA